AUGGCAGCUCCACCAGCCAGGGCUAGAGCCGAUUACGAUUAUUUGAUUAAACUGCUUCUCAUUGGUGACAGCGGUGUGGGCAAGAGUUGUUUGCUUCUGCGUUUUUCGGAUGGUUCCUUUACAACAAGUUUCAUUACCACUAUCGGAGGAGCUAUGGGUAUCUUGCUGGUGUAUGAUGUCACUGAUGAAUCAUCUUUCAAUAAUAUUAGGAAUUGGAUUCGCAACAUUGAGCAACAUGCUUCUGAUAAUGUUAACAAAGUAUUGGUGGGAAACAAGGCCGACAUGGAUGAAAGCAAAAGGGCUGUUCCUACCUCCAAAGGUCAAGCUCUUGCCGAUGAGUAUGGUAUAAAGUUCUUUGAAACUAGUGCAAAGACAAACAUGAAUGUGGAGGAGGUUUUCUUUUCGAUUGCUAGAGAUAUAAAACAACGGCUUUCGGAAACUGACUCUAAGAUCGAGCCUCAGGCCAUUAGGAUCAACCAAUCAGAUCAGCCAACUUCAGGUGUUGCAGCUGCACAAAAGUCUGCUUGCUGUGGUUCAUAA